AUGCCUCAAAUUCAAGGGCGAAUUCGCUACGUGCAGAAACUCCCAAAGUAUGAGACAGAGAAGCCCUUUAUCGCUGCGAUCCCUGAAGGGACUGUGGAUCUUGAGAAAAUCCCCAUUACCAACCUAGAGUAUGAGGAGAAACUCGUUGACUUUGUCGAUGUUCGACAAGCUCUUACCGACUUCACAUUGCAGACCUCCGGCUUUCAGUUUUUGAGCCACAAGUCCAAGUAUCCCAGGGUUUCAACUACGGAGCUUGACGGCUACCAACGCGAAACCGAGGAUGUUCUGAAGAAACUUCUCGAUGCUGAAGAGAUUGUUUGCUACGAUUUCAGGGUGAGAUUGCCACUACACAGGUCUCCUCUUGUCCUGCUAAGAAGAGUGUCCUUCCUAGCUUCGCAAGAACGUCCCGUAUAA